AUGGCUUAUCAGAGCCCUCCGGAAACACCAUCUUCCUCGGGCACUCACACCCCGACACACUCCUCCACCACCCCAUCGCUCUCGAAUUCCAUGAUCACGACCAUGUGGUCUGGCUUAAUCCGCCGCUUCUCCUCAGAUAUUCCCGAGUCCCAUCCUUAUAACGGCUACUCGCAAGAGUCAUCACAUCUCGCCCAUGCGCACACCGAGCCCGCUGGCGGGGUCGCUUUCAAGGAUGGCGUCCACGGCGUCUUCGUCCCCUCCCACAUCAAACGCACCGCGAGUCCCUUCCGCCCCCCGCCCCUCGAUCCCAUCGUCCUGCAUGGCUUCAAGGACAGCACGCCGCCGAGUGCCCGGUUACUGAGCCAUGGCGUGGCCGAGGAGAUCCGCAUCAUGCUGCCCGAGAGGCUGCGAAUCAUGGAGGAUUGGAAUUUGAUUUACAGCCUGGAGCAAGACGGCGCCAGCCUGGCGACGCUGUACCAGAAGGCAGCCGACUAUCAGGGUCGGCGCGUCGGAUUCGUGCUAGUUGUUAGAGACGAUGCCGGGGGCACAUUCGGCGCCUACCUCUCCGAGUACCCCCAUCCAGCGCCCAAAUACUUCGGCAACGGGGAAUGUUUCCUCUGGCGAGCCUCUAUCCUCACGCCCCUUCCUCCACCGCCGUCUGCCGACACAACGAACCUCACGCGUAUCACCACCGUGGCUAGCCCGACCCGCUCUGCUUUCCCCAAUAGUGACAGGCCGACACCGUCCCCGGCCCCGAGCGAGUCUAUCCGCUUCAAGGCGUUUCCCUACUCGGGUAUUAAUGACUACUACAUCAACUGCGAAACGGGUUUCCUCAGCGUCGGCGCCGGCGAUGGCCAUUACGGCCUGUGGCUAGACGACAGUCUCAACCGCGGCCACAGCGGUUGCAGCCAGACCUUUGGCAAUGAGCCCCUGAGCGACGAAGGGGAGAAGUUUGGCGUGCUGGGCGUUGAGUUAUGGGUGCUUGGAGCUUGA